GAUUUUGUCUGUGGAUUUUGCGAGUGAGAAGUGGACUUUUGUGAGUGAAAUUAAUCCACGGUAUCGCGUCCAAUUAACAGGAAAAUUGUGAAAAUUUGUACUUUGAUGUGUAAAGUGCAGUGUGCGCGAGACAAAAGUGUUGAGUGCAUGUGGGGAAGGGUAGAAAAUUGAGUGGGUCUGAUUGUUUCCAACAUACCGACGUACCAAAAAAAAAUUACUAAUGGCGGCCUAGAGGGGUGCUCCAGACACUCACCUCUCUGAUUUCUUCCCUUUUGUCGCAACACCGGGGAAAGUGAAGCCUUCUGGCCAAAGCACACUGACAGUGGCCAGCGAGUGUGUGGUAUCCCAGGGCAGUUCCCCACGAUGGGCGAUGAGCAGUGGCUCAAGGAGGAUGGAUAUUUGAACGUUGACACGGAGUCAACGCACAUCAUCUACCAUCCUCAUCUCAAUGUGAUUCUCGUAUUUACCAAGACUGGCGAUGUGAAAGUUAUUGAUGUGAAUUCUGGUGUCAUCCUGCAGUCCUGUCCACUAGCAGCGGAUGGCGGAAGAAUUAGUGGACGAUAUCUACCGAAACAGGACAAGAUCCUGCUUUUUAAUGACAAAAAUAUCGGUAUUCGCGGAGACUACAAUGGCGUCCUACUUUUGGACACCAUCCUCCAGACACCCGUUAAGCAGUCUGAUGAUACUGUUCGAAUUGAGCUACUCUACUCGGAGGCAGUGCUCUUCCUGCAGUGCAUCCAGAGCCUGGAGGAGAAUGGCCUCGAGAAUACGGCCGAUGUGAGCAAUGAGCUGAUGAAGAAGAUCAUGGAGGCUCAAUUGCAUGCCAAAAAAGGCAUCAAGGCUCAAAAAUGGAACAUAAUCUGCCUGGAACUGCCACAUUCUAGCCUAAAGAUGGUGGCUAGCAAUGUGCUGUAUCAGCUUAAGCGUCUGGAUCGUCACAUUCCAGCUCUGGCGAUUGCAUCAGCCAUCAAUGAGCGUCUAACUGAUCUCCUGAUCGGCAGUAGAUUGUUAGACUCACUCACUGGUGGGAAUGCCCAGAGAUGUCUGAUGUUCUCAGAAGCUGCCCGACGGCAAACCUUUGAACAGUGGCCCCACAUGGAUUACAAGUGGGCCCUUCCGGAUCAAAUGGCUCAGGCGGGUUUUUAUCAUCAGCCCGGUGAGACGGGAGAUGAUCGUGCCAUGUGCUUCACGUGUAGCGUAUGCCUGGUGUGCUGGGAGAAGACAGAUGAGCCAUGGAGUGAACACGAGAGGCAUUCGCCAACGUGUCCCUUUGUCAAGGGUGAGUACACUCAGAAUGUGCCCCUGUCAGUGACUUAUGCCACAAGUCCAGCAAUUGCUACCAGUGGCUUUAGCAUUGUGUCCCGUGGGGAUGACAGGAACAUCCUGUGUACUGGGGAUAUCAGUGGAGAAGUCAGUGUGUGGAAUAUUGAGAGAAAUCUGAAGAAGAUGCUGACUUUUCGGGUUAGUGGAGAGGAGAAUCUGGUGAAGUCGCACAGUGUCUAUGUGCUGCAGAAGUUCACAAAGAUUGACAUUGAAUUGAAUGCCAUUGGGACGUUCUAUGCGACUGAGCAGGGAAUAGGAGGAGUACCGGGAGUGUCGGCAUGUGGAUUGGUGGAUGAGGGUAUGACGAAGAAGAUGCCAUUGGGUGUGAGGCAGAAGAUGAUUGGCACAAAGAUUUGCUGUGGAAUUGUGGCGAAGGGUAGUGAGAUGUGUGGGAGUGAUGUGAGGGGUGAGGAGAUGGCCAUGAAUAUUGAGAAUCAGGCCAAAAGUAGUGAAUAUGGAAUUGAGAUACCCAGCAAUUGUAUGGAGUUGGAUGAAAGUGAGGAGGAUGAUGAGGAACUCUUUCUCAUAUUGUAUGACAUUCUGGACAGUGAGAGGGAUGCUGUUAGUGAAAAACCUCCAGCGGAAGAACCAAUUAUUCUGGAUUCAAUUCAGUCGCCACAUGGUCAGGAUGGUGGUGCCAUGAAGAAGUCUUCGUUGAAGAGUAUUGAGUUACCGGAGAGAUCCGAUGGGGGGGAUACUGUGAAGAUGUUUACGGAUAUGAGUACAGCUGAUGAUUUGGAUAAUAUUCCGGAAGGGGGCAAGGGUAAGACGGAAAUGAUGGUGGAGGAAUUUUUCCUCGAAACUGCUUAUCCUCCGGGGAAGUUUAAGAUGAAGACAACGGGAAAUGGGACAAUUGAUUUUGGGGCAUCGCCUCCGGUGAAGAGUAGCGUGAAGUUGCCGCCGAAGAGUCAAAAAGAUGAUAUUAACUGUGUUCCUAUUCAGUGCAUUUCCCUCAAGUCACUAGCGUCAGACUCGUAUAAGAUUACAGACAUCAUUCCGUCGCACGAUGAGAAGUAUCUGUUGGUUGUGUUGAGGCAACAGAUGACCAGAGAUGGUCAGAAGGAGCCAGAGAGUCCAGAGAGUGAGAUGGGAGACGUUGGUGAAGAUGAGUGUGAACAGAUGGAGAUUGGAGAGGAGGAAGUGACGACGACGAAAGCUGGAAAAUCUCAGAAUUUCUGUCAAGUUGAGAAUAUGACACAGUUGAUUCUGUUUAAGAUCCAAGAAGAUGGAUUUCUCAAUGAAACUCCUCACUGUGUUAGGCAUUUGUUCGAAGAUGCAACUCCACUGGAGAUUUGCAUGCUACCGGGUUAUGAUACGGAACGCAAAGGGAAUUCGCAAGAGACUAAAGAUGGUGUCUUUGUGAUGACAUGCAUGGAUGGAACGCUGAAACUAAUUGCACUGUCGACACUCAGGACAAUUUCCGAAGCCAGUAUCGAUGGGGUUAAAUUUGUCUCAGCCACCUAUUGCAAGAGUCUGGAAAGGAUGUGUGGAUGCACAGAAAAGGGAUCCCUGCAUUUCUAUUCAUUCUACGACAUGGAAGCUGAUUCCGGUGAUGAGCAUGAGGAGCACAAUACAACCUUUAUAGUUUCCGAUUCUUCCCUUUCGGAUGAUUCUGUGGUGUCAGAUGUGAGUGGUGUGACGCACAAAAAGACUGCCAGUAGUGAAUCCACAGCUCCAUCAACAUCUACAGCCGGGUAUUCGGCUCAUCAGACCGAGGCAGGAACUAAUUUAAUCGCCCACAAAAAUGACUUGACAAUGAAUGAUCUCAAAGUAGCAUAUGCUUUGACGGAAUUUGAUGAGAUGCUAACACCAUACACAGCCGAAGUGCCAGUUUGUUGGAGUGAAUUGGUGCAGGCACAGAAAGUCCGGAGGCAUCCGCAACAUUUGAAACCCGGAGAUGAUACGCACUUGACCAAAACCUGGCGGUUGCACAAUGAUGCAACGACUUGGGAUGAACAUCUGAUUGAAUUGUGUCUUCCAAAGCAAGCUUCUCUGGGUCACAUUGAUUUCAAGUUCAAUCUCUAUCCACAGUGUAGCAAUCCACCUGCCAUUCAGAUUACACUUCUAAAGCAAUUUUCCAGUGGAUUUGGGUACAGAAUGAAGGCACCAAAUACCAACGUUGGAAAUGCACCGGUUGAUGAGAACGUUGAAUUCAAUCUCAACACUUCAGAAAAUCCCGUCUUGAGUGUGGAAUAUCUACAAACGCACAAUGCAGAAAUCCUGGCAGGACCCAUUGAAUUAUCCUCGUGUAUGGAUUUGAGCGAACAGGGCGGAACAGUAACAUUGACAAGUCCAAAGCUCUUUAGGACAAAAGGACGUAACUAUCUGAUACACAUCAAAACCAUGAAUGAUCCGUCCAAAGAUAGUCAGGGAAAGACUAGAGUGCCGGUUAGAAAAAAAGGUAUAUUACGCUACCUGUCAUUUCCCAAUCAUGAAACACGUAGUAAAAGUAAAAAAUCGACAAAUGAGAGUUAUUCAUUUUUCCAAGAAAAAUCAUCAAAAAAGUCUGAUAAAAAUUCCUUCUACAUAGGAUGUGACUGGCUCCAUGAGAUAUCAAUCACUGUGCGUAGCACUAAUCCAAUGUGUCGGAUGGUUAGUGAACGUUCACAGCGUAGUGCAAUGCUCGAAAGCAAUGGAUUUCUUGUGAAUUUGCUGAAGAUGGCUUGUGACUCUAGUGUUCCAAUGACACAAAACAUAUCACUGGAUAUUAUAUUGUGGAUCGUAUCAAUUAGAAUGGCACGAUAUCGAUCGCCUAAGAAUACAGAAAGUACCUUUCCGGAUGUGCAUUCACUGCAAAAAGACUGCAUUAAAAUUAUGGAGAUGCAUUUGAGUGAUUUUAUCAAGAAUUGCAUUCUAUAUGGGAACAGGAGUGUGGCUCACAAAUGCGUCAAGAUUAUUCUGGUGGCUUUAGAAGGAGCUCACAACAUGAAAUACAAGAAAACGCCCAAUUCAACCUUUGAGGAAGCUCUGAAGAAUGGUAUCCUUGAAUGUUUCCCCCAUAUUACCAAUAUUAAGUACGCAGGAUCACUCAGAUGGUUUACUCUGAUGAUCUGUGGUACUUCAAAUUUAGAAUCAUACAAUUCCAUUGCAAGUGAAUGCCUGAGACUGCUUCUGAGUGUAGCCAAGGAGAUGAGCAAUAGAUUUAAUCCUUAUUCAUCUCUCUUGAGAUCGCGUUUUGGUCUGUAUGGGUUGCCCUUUGAAUUGGAACUCUUUGAUGCUGAUUUGCCAACAUCGGCCAAAUAUGCGGCACUUCCGGCAACUUUUGCCAGUAUCAUAAAGUCUGCAACAUCACAGAAUCCAUCUCAAGGGGUUGAUCUUAAGAAUUUCUUCACAAAUGACGGAUCAGAGCUAAAGAUGCUACCUUUUCACAUGCGAAAGCGUGGAAUUGGGAAUCAAUUGAAGGGUUUGCUGGAGGUUGAACCAUUGCACUAUACGUGCAUUGGUGCAUCGGAAGCCACAAGGCUGGAGAAUAUGGAUUCAAUGUCAGCAGCUCAGGCAACAUUUGAGACACCAACUGUCAACAAUGUCGAACAGAUUCCCAAUGAUACGUCCAAGAGCAAGGAAGCGAAUGGAGCAAAGCAAGAAAAUGGGGUUGAUGAAUCUUUGGUUGUUGUCAAGAAUAAUCUUGUGGAUAAAAUUUUCUAUUCGGCCCUGAAGAAGCACAAAAUCAAGGAGUCCACACAGAAAUUGUAUGCCGAUGUGAUGUCAUGUGUAUCUGGUGUUCAGCCCAAAGAUCAAACAAUUGAUCCACUAAAGUCCAUGAAGGACAUGAAGAGAUUAGUUAAAAUUCUCAAAAUUGAUAUGGGAAGUGAUUUGGGCAUGGAUGUUGAAUUGGAUUCACCAUAUCUCGACAGUAGGACAAAGAUGAAGGCAUUGGCUGAGAAGAUGCAACAGUAUAUGGAUGAGACUGAAGAGAGCAAUAGCAUUCUGCCUUGGCACAAACUCCUGAGUCUUCCGCCUAAGCAGAUGAUUGUAAUUGAUAGGAUGCAUUCGGGUGCAAGGAGAUAUGUUGUGCUGGACUUUGGGAUGCCCAUAAUGCUGACGGAUCUGGUGAUACCAGCCUGCGAGGAUCUUGUGUCACUUUUCAUUGAUAUUUGGUGCUUUGAAGAAGAGUCUGAUAGUAUUCGUCUGGCUGUGUCAUCGGAUAUUGGUUCGAAGACUCUGGUGCUGAGUGAUUUGCAGCCACCGCCUGUGUUCCGCUACAUGAAGAUCACCAUUACGGGGAGGUAUGGGAUGUCAGCUACAAGAUGCAAAAUUCCUAUUGGAACAUUUUUUGGGCACGCAAUUGUGAUGGAGUCGGAGAGUUAUGCUGAUCCAUUGUCCAAAUACCUCAGGACAAAGACAUCAAAUCUCCCGGCUCAACUGACUAUUCUCCAUGCGCUCUUUGAAGAUGUACACUGUCGUUAUAGCUUGGCCAGUAGCAAAUUAAUAGAGUUACUGGAUCCUCUGCUUAGCAGUGAUGCAUCCAAUAUGUCUCACAUGCAAGCCUAUCUCUAUCGCGUGAAGGAAUGCGAUGAUUCCCUGGCGGAUCAUUCGAAAAUCAUCACCAUUUAUGACGAUUGCAUAUCCUUUCAGCAUCAACUCAAUGUGAUUAAGAAUGUUAUAGCGAGGUUAGAGGGAGCUUUGGAAGAGAAUCCGGUUAAUCCAAAGGAUGCUCCUCGGUUAACUAUGUCUGAGAUUUGUACGGAUAAACUGAGGGUGCUCAGUGAGUGUCUGAUUGAGGCACUACUGCACUUUGUGGUGGAAUUUGGCACACUGAAUUCCAAUGCAAUGGCUGUGGCUUUCAAUCAGCACGCAUGUGAGACGAUAUUCAAUAAUUUGGUAAUCUCCAGUGAUACUCACAUGCAACUGGCCACAUGUUCAUUUCUCGUGAAGAUGUGCUGCUUUGAACCAUGGUGGGGAGAUUUUAUUGCCAAUAUCUUUACUGUGUGGUAUUCAUCGCAGAAUAGUCGGAUAUUUCCGCAGGAUAGAGUAUUCUUCCUGUUGACUUAUCUGGGCAGGAAGAGUAUUACGAUGGGAUCGUGCAGAGUGACAGUGAUUGAUGCGAUACUGAAGACUCUGGCCAAAUUUCUGGCUCCAUUGUCAAAUAACUUUCGCAUGGAAUUUGCCGGAGGGGAUGAUGAUCAGGAUGGAAGAAAUGAUUUUUGUCACUGGGCAAGUACAGAUCUUCAGUUAAUUGGAUGGUUGCUAUUGUUCCUUUCUGUCUGCCUCGAUGACUGUGGCGACAAGAAGGAUCAAUCAUCAGUACGAUGGGAUUUUAUGUCAAGCGAAGUGGACAUGAGUAGGGCAAAGAAUCAAGGAUCUGGAAAUACAAGAUUAUUUACAAGGUCCUUCAAGAAGAGAUUCUAUCAGAAUAAAAUUCCCAGCACAAGUUACAGCAAUGAUUCCCAAUUUGCCCUCUCUCACAAUCCCUUCCUCAUGCAGAGUCAAAUUAUGCCGACUUUUGAUGUGCCACAGAAGCAGGAUUCGACAUUUAAGGAUAUCUUCCUGAAGAAGACUGUCCAGGGAAAGACAUUUCCAACCUAUCUGAUUGAUGCAUCGUCCAAGGUGAAAUUCAAAAUGUCCAAAGCAACAGCAACGGCUUCAACAUCAGCACCGGCAUCGUCAACUUCCAGCACGAGUCAAGGAGCAACUCCCACGACUCCUGCUUCGACUCCUCUGCCUCCAGUUGUGCCCAAAGAUUCCCUCCUGGAUACCAAUGAAUCACCCUUUGAACGAGCUCUACGAGCCAUCAAGCCUCAGAAUACGGUUAUUGUCAUCCGUGGCCUGAUUGGAUUGAUUCUAGGCAUGGAUUUCACCUGCAAUAUGGAUCUGUUCCUGCUGGCGUGCAAAAUAAUUGCCAGGCUCGUAUCAUCAUGCCGAUCAACCAUUCAACUGUCAAAGAUCAUAACUCCAGCUCAGUUGCAGCAAUUGAUCAGGAUUGCCGUGUGGGAAGAUCAGCAACAACCAUGGGCUAUUCAUGCCAUUACCUGCCUCCUUCAGGACAUCCUGGAGACUGAUAGGAACUUCAAGGGGGAUCUUGAAGAGGGAUUCAGUGGGAGUACGCCGAUGGAAUUGGCCAAUGUGGAUAGUGGUUCAAUGGAUGAUUCGCUCGAUUAUGUCGUAGACAGUGAAGUGAUGCAGUGCGUUCUGGCUAAGAUUGAAACAAUGCAGAGUUCAACGGUUAACAAGGAUGUCCCAUAUGCAGAUGCAGCUUUGAAGACUAAACUUCCGUCGCUAAUGGAGUGUGAAGAUGCUGAAAUGGAAGAUCUUCUAGAUGAUAUAUUUGAUCAUGGAAAGAAUACAGUUACCAGGAAGGACACCACAAAUACAAAGAGUACAGUUUUCACUGUGAGCUAUAGAUCUUUCUUCUCAAGGAGUGUUUCUUGUGCCAUGGAUGCUCGUUUGGAGUAUGGCCUGGAGAGCAAUAUUGAGAUAGCUCUGCGUCGCCUCUCAAUGGCAGCAUCGCUCAAUUUGUUUGCCAAUUGGCCUCCAGUUCCUGCCGAUGGGGAAAUCUUUGAGGCAACUGUGGAACUUCCUCCAUGGCCUGAGCACAUUGUUCAGGCUUGGUCUUGUCCGGAAUAUACUCAAGGCUAUCCAACUCACAUUAUGCUUAUUCUGGUCUUUGAUAACAUCUUCUCGGACUUUCAUGAAUCCUGGCUGAAUCUUGAGCAAGUGUUGCAAAUGUGGCUGACGCUCAAUGGAGAAUUGGGAGAUAAGACACCAACGGGCAAUUUUAUGGCAAUGGAAGCUCCACGGAUACCUUUUGGUCGGAAUGCCAUUCAGGGAUUACUGUCAGCUCUUUCUUGGCAUCCAAAUAUCAAACUCCGAGCCUGGUGCUUGGGAUUCCAAUGCUUGGCUCUGGCUUGCAAUAGCAACAACUUUGACUGGAUGAAUGCUGAAUACACUUCUGAGGAUCUCAAUCAGAGUCACUAUGCCAGAAUGGGAAGUUUCAUUGUGAACAAUCAGAACUUUGAGAAGAUGCUGUUGAGAUUUUUCUCGGGAAGUGACAUGUGCUCAUCAGUCUUCGAUGUCAGUCGAUGUUCUGGUCCAACGGCUUGCAAAUUGCUCCAUGAGUUGUUUAAGAGAUUGGAAGUGCAAAGUGAAAAGUGUAAUACGAAGAGAAAACUGAAGGAGACGCUCUUGAGGGUGCUACAGAGUCUGAUUCAACCAAAUGGUGCAAUUGCCAAUCAGCAAGGUCCAAUUGAUGCUCAAAAUCAACUUAUCAAAGAGCUCAUUUCCUAUCAAUACGAAAAGACUGAUUUAGGAAUAGCCAUGAGCAUUAUCGAGAGUGUCUCUUUCCUCGUCUACAAUAAUAUUUCCAACACUGAGAAAAUGUACUGCCAGAAGUCAACGGACAACAGCAAGAACUACAAUGCAUUUGGAAAUCUCUUUGCAACUGUUCUAGGACCAGAAAAUACGGCAAAAACUAAAAGUGUUUCGGACAAUUCGCUCUUGGUCAAUCUCCUCAAACUUUCCACAAUUCUCGUACAGACAGCUCUUCCGCGUGAUGGUGAUGAAGCCGGUGGGAGUGGUGAUGCCCUCAGUGAAUCUUUUGAGAGUCAGACGGAUGAGAUAAAGGCUGAACAGCAGAAUAGUGAGCAGCAGAAUCGGGCUAAAGUUGCCUGUGUGGCUGAUACUGUUUUGCAGCACUAUCCAACAAUGACGAGAUUGCUUGGUUCACUGUCUCACUGUUCUAGUUCAUCUUUUGCUCUAUUGGCAGCUUCAGCCAUGUACUCGAGUGUCAAUCCAUUGGACACAAAUAGUGCCUUUGGGGAGCCACAGACUGUAGCUGAUGCUGUUUUUCAGCUUUUGAUGUUGCUGAGUAAGAAGGCAUCUCAGCCUGUUUUGGUCGUUAGACCUAUCUAUCAGUUCCUCAAUACGACUUUUCGUCAGGCUCUGCCAAAGUUACAACUGUCUGAGCCAUUUUUGUGGUUCAUUCUGAGGGUUUUAGAUGCACCAGCCACUGUGGCGAUAUUCACUGAAAUGGGAGGGAUUAAGGUUCUCUGCCAUAGUCUGGUGAGGAGUAAUAGAUCAAUGGUGAAUAUGCAACCAGGACUUGUGUCUAUGAUUAUGCAGCAUUUGACGCCAAAUAUUGCUCAAGCUUCCAAUUCGGCCAAUGCCAAUGGGAAUAAGAAGAGUUCUCAGGCAAAUGUCAAAUCGGUUGAUGGAUUGAUCAAUUUUGCACCGUUCUGUAGUAUUUCAUCGGAUAUUUCUACGGCACAGCAAGCGGAUGUCUUGAUCCAGAUUCCAACGCCGUCUCAUCGAAGGGCCAGGACAGCAGCUUGGAAUUAUAUGUUUUAUCCAAAUGAAUCGUAUGUUGAUCUCACGAUAACUUUCCCAACGGCUGUUUUGUUGUACGAGAUCCAGUUGCAGCCUCAUCUUCUGUCCCUGGCUUCCUGUCCGUAUGCUGUAGCUGUGGAGAUCACCAGGGACAACUCAAUGCCUCCUAUUCCCAUUUCUCAGCCCAUGCCGACGAUUGGUUUGACUUGUAUUCGGUUGAAGUUGAAUCAACCGGAAAUUGCAACAAGUAUCGUUCUGAGGCUCUAUCGUCCGAGGGAUAGUUCGAAUAUUGGUUUAACACAGAUCUCAAUUUAUGGAACAACCACUUUUAGUGACAUCAAUAAGUCGUCGUUGCUUGGGGAUCAUCUGAUGGAUGAGGAGAAUCUGGCAAAAUCCAGUUUAGGUUGGUUACGUGUCCUUGGUAGAUGUUUCAUUGUAGCUUCGUACAAAAAUCAGGAAACCAUUGCAAAUGCUGUGAUCUCGGCUGCUGCCAACUUCCCAGACUUCCUAGAAGCUUGUUGUUCUCUCCUCAAUGUAGCUCCUCAAACCUCGACUAUUGCCAUGCAAGAUCUCGAAGUGGUUCUGGUGAAACUGGGGCUUUUCAGCAAAGAACUUGGACUGAGGCUAAUCAAUAUUCUCCUGAAGAAUACAGUUCCACAAUGCCUGAAACUCUGCAAUGAUUCCGUGUCGGAUUUGUUGUAUGAUCUCUGUGUGCAUCAAGAUGAAUUUACCAGGGAUCGUGUGGAAGCUAUGGUUAACUGGGUACAGACUCUCUAUGAUAGUAUCUAUGAGAAUCUUGUUCAUCCAACAAAUCCCUAUAGUGGAUUUAUCAAGUGCCUAGCUUCGAUUCUAUGGACAGUUCAUACGAAACAACUGGCUGCGGAUCUUGAAGGAUUGAUAACGAAAGAACUGUUUCAGUCUGUGUACAAAUGGACACUGAUCCUGGACAACAGCGAACCCUUGAAGAAGGCUUUUGAUGCCAUGCUCUGUUCCAUUUGUUGCAUCAAACCUGAAAUGUUCCCUCUUCUGCUGCGAAGGAUGAAUGUUCUGGUGCCGAAUCUGUCAACAGGUCUGGAAGCCUGUAUUUCAGAUGAUCGGAAGGAUACGGGUAUGACGGAUGAUACGAAACAGGAGGAAUCAGAUACAGCUGAAUGGUACAGUCAUUUGGUGAUUGAAGACAUUUCAGAGCUCAAUCUGACCAAAAGUCAACUCUCAACAAUUGCUCUUGCUUGCCAAUCAACCCUAGCCAUUCAUCAACUCCUAGAUUCAGGACUUCCACGCCUCCUCACUUCGGUUAUACUGGAAUUCUGUCAUAAAAUCUCAAAUACAACAACGUCCGGAGAAGAAUCAGCAGAAACAAUGGAAACUUCCUGCCUCACAGAUUCUGCUAAAGUUGAGAGCACAAAGAUGGAUAGUCGCACGAAAAAGUAUCCAAUGGUUAGUGUUCCCACCUGUGCGGAAAUACUCAAUUUCUUCUCGGAAAUCUGCACUGAAGGCAGCAUGAGAGAUUGGUUGGGAUCAUUCGAGGGAUCGGUGUUCUGGAAACCUCUUCUGGAUAUUCUCUGCAACAUUCGUCCUUUGAAUUCCGAUGGGCAAAUUGAGACGAAUUUCUCCUACCUCGAAGACAGUAUGAUAAAGUUUCUGUCCAAGGUGACGGCGUGUCAUCCGAAAAAUCAAGAUACGCUUACUGUUAUCCUCAUAUCUGUGAUCAGAAAACCCAAUGGUGGGAAGAGUCUGAAACAGAGUAUUUCAGGCUUUACGAGAAGAUUGGUGCUACAGCUCCUUCUGGAGAGUGAACGUAUACUUAUCUCCGUUAAGAGUGAUAUGUCAUUGCAUAGAAGGGAGCAGGGUAACGUACUCAUCAGCAAUCAUCCGUCGAGGAGACCAAACACACACAAUCUCCUCUUUCUCAUGAGCACCCAUACAAAGUGCCAGGAAAUCCUCGAGAGUUGCAUCACAGUCUUCUCCAAUAUGCUGCCAAGCACACAAUCCACGGAUGCCAAAGCACCCAAUACAGAACAGGCCAAUCCCUCGACGUCCCAUGUCACAGUUUCCGGGAAUGGAUCGGUCAGCAGCAAUGGCACAUCGACGGGUGGGCAGAAUUCAUCAAGCAGCGGCGGAAAGUAUUCGUCCAAGAAUGAUCUCUUCGAGAUGGCUCUGGGCCAGGGUCUGGAAGUGCUGAGUGUUGCUGCUGGAGUUACAGCCAAAGAUAAGAGACUGAAGGAUGUGAGGAAUCAGGCUGCAGCACUGAAAGCCAAAGAGUUACUUCCACUUUUGCGACUUCGAAACGACGAGUCUCUGAAUACCAAUCAGAUGACAAACUGUGCACAGUUGAUGCACAUGGCGUGUCCGGGAGUCAUUUUGACUUCCGACACGACAGUUUCACAAAUUCUUGCCAUGCUCCAUUCCUCGGGCAUUUCCCUCUCAACGCCCUGCAUCAACUUGAGUUUGGUGCAGGGACGCAAGCAGCCGGAUGAUAUCAGUGAUGACACUCUCAUAAAAGCCUCUGACUUUGAACCACUCCCGUCGCCGCUGCAGAUCUUCUCGAGUCAUGGAGGGCUAUCCCUCUUGGCUCACUACCUGCCCACAGUCUACCCAGAUACACCAAAGUCCAAUGGAGUGCACCAGGAGAAGGAUAAGAGUCCGCCGACCAGUGAGUGGGUGAAAGUAGAGGCCAAUGAUGACAUCUACGAGGAUCUGGAUGAUGGGAUGGCUGAACAAGGUUCAAAAUUGCCAGCCAUCUCCUCAGUUCCUCAGCACUCUCUUUCGGCCUUCGGACUCUUCCUGCGCCUGCCGCCGUAUUCGGAUGUCCUGCUGAGGGAUAAGACUCGGGCUCAGUGCCUUCUGAGGCUUGUCCUUGGGGUCACGGGCGAUGGAGAAGGAAAUGAAAUCUAUAGCCUGUCGCUGGCUUCCACCCUUCCGACGUUGCCUUUUGAAGUUUUUCGCCAACUCCUGGACAGUUCUCCACUCACAACUGAUGAUGGGGUUCUGCUGAGGAGAAUGGUGAUUGAAGUGGGUGCCAUAAAUCUCGUGUUAAAUUGCCUGAGUAUCUUCACGCAUCACUCGCAACAGAGUGCCCCGGCAAGUGGAGAGAGUUCAGCAAGUGCCAGUGUUAUCUUGCCCCAAGCUGAUGUCUCUGUGGCUGCCCAGAAGACCGCAACCCCAACGGGGAAUGCGAUUGGUGGCGAAGAGAAUUUAACAUCCGAUGACAAGAGUCAUGUGUAUUGGGCUAAGGGAACGGGCUUUGGUACAGGUUCCACUCAGCAGUCCUGGGAUGUUGAACAGGCUCUGCUGAGGCAAAAGUAUGAGGAGGAACAUGUUACUGUACUGCUUCAGGCACUUUCAAGUUACAUUAAUCCGGGAGAUAAAAUUCCUCAAGGGGUUAAUGAUGAAGGAGGUUAUCACGAGACAAGUGAUAUUGCACCCGAAUUGCCACCGAUUUUCUUCGAGCUUCUCCAGCAAUCUUGCUUAAUUCCAGCACUGUGUUCAUACCUGAGGAAUGAUUCUGUUUUGGACAUUACUCGACAUAUUCCACUGUACAGGGCUAUUUUGCAACUUUUGAGAGCUAUUGCUUUAUCCAAUCAACUUGUUUCACUUCUUCUGCCACAGCAAAAUGAAAAUGGCAAUACCAUAUCCAUCGCUACUCUGCUUUCCAACAUGAAGAGCUGUGUGGACACUUAUGCCAGUCGUCUCAAAUUCAACAAGAAAUCGAGCGCGAAGGGACGUGUUUUUGUCUCUUGUGUCGAUGAGGGUGACGAUGAGGGACUUGCAUUACUGAUUCCUGACAUUCAGGAUACCACUUUUCUCGUAUUGAGAGCCACAAAUGCCGAUAAAAUGCCCAGCACCAUUGAAGAUGCACCAACAAUUGAGCGUCCGACAUCACGAUCAAUUGAACAGAGAUACAUGGAGAUAAUGAAGAAGUUGCAAUUUGACACUUACGAGAUGAUUUCAGAGACUGAGAAUGGCUAUAGAUUUGUGGUGUCGUAUCACUUUGAGAGUAACAUGAGGAUGUCUGGUGAUCGAUAUCAUCCUGUUCGAGUUAAAAGACUCGCUCAGGAGACUGUGACUCUGUCCACGAGUCUCCCACUGUCCUACAGCAGUUCGGUGUUUGUUAGAUGCGACACUGAUCGGCUGGAUGUUAUGAAGGUGCUGAUUACGGGUCCAGCGGACACUCCCUAUGCCAAUGGCUGUUUCGAAUUUGAUGUCUUCUUCCCGCCCGACUAUCCGAAUUCGCCCAUGAUGAUCAAUCUCGAAACCACUGGGCGACACACCGUUAGAUUCAAUCCUAAUCUCUACAAUGAUGGCAAAGUGUGUUUGUCGGUGCUAAAUACAUGGCACGGAAGGCCAGAGGAAAAGUGGAAUGCCCAGACAUCGAGUUUUCUACAGGUUCUUGUGUCAAUACAGAGCUUAAUCCUCGUGCCAGAGCCGUACUUCAAUGAACCGGGAUUCGAGAGGAGUCGAGGGACACCAAGUGGAACCCACAGUUCCCGGGAAUACAACAGCAAUAUCUAUCAGGCUUGUGUUCGGUGGGCGAUGCUGGAACAGAUCAAGAAUCCCAAUCCUUGCUUCAAAGAGGUUAUUCACACGCAUUUCUGGCUGAAGCGCAAUGAGAUUUGUACGCAAAUUGAAAAGUGGAUUGAGGAAUUGUCCAAGCCACAGUAUUCGGAGCGCAAUGGACGCAAUAUCUCCUUCAAUUCAAUGGUUCUUCGGCGACAGUAUCGGCAUCUGAGGGAAGAAUUGGCUAAUCUGCCGACUCCUGAUGGUCUGGAGGAUCUCGAGAGACCCUUCAUGGCUAGUGUACCGAGUCCCAAGGGUAGUGAAUGUGGCACAAGUGGAGGUACAUCUUCGGGAUCACCAACACAACUUCCUCCGCUUCAGGCUAUGGAAACGGCCGUUUCGAGUGACACGACAUCCCUUUCGGAUCUCAUGGACGAAGAUGAAAAUCCAGGAUUGGGGUAAAGGAAAAAAUUGACGGCUCAACUUUCGGUGAGUGAUAGAAAAAAAAUUAUACUUUUGUUGAGAUGGGAGAGAGAAAAAAAAUUGCUGAUAGAAAAGAAUUUUAAAAAAUAUAUAUUAUUGAAAGGCAAAAUUUGAAGGAUUAAAAAUUAGAAAGUUGACAAAAAAUGAGUGGAAAACCAAAGUUUAAGGACAUUAUCUUCUGUUUUCGUUUGACCAUUUUAUUUUUUUUUUCUUCUUUUUGAAACUAUUUAAUUCAUGACCAAUCCAUUACGAUCUUUAUGAUGGGAGAGAUUACUUUUUAAAAGAAAAGCAUAUUAAAGAACAAACAAAAUAUGGAUUAAAGGCAGUGUUCAAGCAUUUAGGGAGAUUUUAAUGUCAUUUUUGUAUGGGAUAAAUAAAAGUUAAAUAUACUGAGGGAAUAUCAAAAAUAAAUAAAGUCAAGCUCCAAAUGCAUUGUUGAGUCCUUAAUAACUUAAUAAUUAUAUAUAUAUCAAGUUUCUUGUCUCCUUUAUUAUGUUUGUUUUUAUUCACAAUUUGUUUUCUUUUUUUUGUAAAUGCUUUGUAGCCAGAUCAACGUAAAUACGGAAUUAUUUUAUAAAUAGAAGAGAGGAUGAUGAAUUUUUUGACUAAUUAUUUUGUUUUGAUGAAGAAAUAAAAAUGAAAAUAUCAAUAAUUUAUUUUAGAAUGAUGAUAUAAGUUUUUUUGUGAUGAAAAGAAGAUGAAGAAGAAGAAAAAAAAUACAGAUAAAAAUAAUUAAUAAUAGUGAGUGUGUAACGACUGUGAAGACAUAUUAUUAAAGAAUAUUUCAACAGAAAAAAAACAAAGAGAAAAAUAAUGAAAUGAUAAA